AUUUUCUUUUGUGUCGCCGUUGUUUUGCGAUUGUUCCAACAAACAGUCUCUCCUCAGCUCUCUCUACAUCUACGAUGGGCACUCCAGACGAAUGGCUGGAAACUGUCCGUAAAUGCGAAUAUUUACCUGAGCAUGAUAUCAAGAAACUCUGCGAAAUGGUGAAAGAACUGCUGAUGGAAGAAUCGAACAUACAACCAGUUCAGUCGCCCGUAACCGUAUGCGGUGAUAUUCAUGGUCAAUUCUACGAUUUGCUGGAAUUAUUUCGUGUUGGAGGUGAUGUAAAGGACACAAAUUACAUUUUCAUGGGUGAUUUCGUGGAUCGUGGCUAUUUCAGUCUGGAAACAUUCACGUUAUUAAUGGUCCUGAAAGCAAAAUAUCCGGACAAGAUUACUUUGUUACGAGGCAAUCACGAGAGUCGACAAAUCACACAAGUAUAUGGUUUCUAUGAUGAGUGUCAGGCGAAAUAUGGCAAUGCAAAUGUGUGGAAAUAUUGUUGUUCGGUUUUUGAUUAUCUUACGCUUGCAGCUAUUAUUGAUGGUUCGAUUCUCUGUGUCCAUGGCGGUUUAUCUCCAGAUAUCAAGGCUCUGGACCAAAUAAGAACUAUACAUCGUUUGCAGGAAAUUCCUCAUGAGGGGUCUUUUUGCGAUCUCAUGUGGUCUGACCCUGAGGAUAUCGAUACUUGGGCUGUUAGUCCUAGAGGAGCGGGUUGGCUGUUUGGAAGCAAAGUAACUAGUGAGUUCAACCAUAUCAAUAAGCUGACCUUGGUAGCCCGAGCGCAUCAGUUAGUGCAAGAGGGCUACAAGUAUAUGUUUCCCGACGAGGAUCUAGUUACGGUAUGGUCUGCGCCGAACUACUGCUACCGAUGCGGCAACAUUGCGUCAAUAAUGGAGGUUAAAAAUGGCGAGAAAGAAUUUAAGCUUUUCAACGCCGUACCGGACCAGGAUCGGUUCACUCCAUACAGUACACGGCAAGGACUUGGAUUGACUUCAAAACUUGGCGGAUCUGGAGGCCAAUACUUCUUAUAGUGAAGCUUUGGCUAUCAUUUCAUCGACAUUAUUAUCAGCAUUGGCACGAUCUGAUUAAUUAUUUUGUUACAUCAUUUGCUCCUGAAGGAUGCAUGGCGUAUUCGGCAUUGUUGUACGCUUAAUUCGUCCUAAUUUCCUUCUUCAUUUUGAACGUUCUCUUGUUUUUUUUUUUCUCUUCCCCGCUAUAUAUAAUUCCUUUCGUUCUGUAUAAGUGUGUACUCUUCUUAGUUUUGUUGGGCUUAUUACAAAUUUCCACCGCGUUUAUUCAACUUGUCUUUCAUCCCUACGCUUUUACAAAUUUGUAUUUAUUUGGGAAUUAUGCGCGCUAAUUUUCAAUCACAUUGGGUUUCCGCCACCUUGACGGAUUUGAUUGACGGUUUUGAUUGGGUAGUUUUUGAAAAGUAAAUGCUUCUGAUUGGGUAAAAUGAAUGAAUGUGGUUUAGUUGGCAGACCGU